AUGAUGCCGCCGCCGCUUCCGCACCGUCGCGCCACGCGGGCGUGUGCGCUUGUGGCUGCUGUAGCGCUGGUGUUGGUGCUACCGACCAGCAGGGCGCGCACCGUGGGGAUGAGAUCAAUGUCAGCAUACACGGAAGCGCAGCAACUCCAUACGCGCAAGUUUCUGGAUGGAUUUGUGCAGUCGAUGCCAGAUCUCCACAACAUCUGGACCGGCGACGACUUCUGCGCCUGGAAAGGAGUAACAUGUCUCCGCGACGGGGUGUCCGUCAGCGCCACCAACUGGGUCCAGCUGGCUGUCCCCCCCGGCCGUCUGCCGGAGGUGUCGAGCGCCGACGUUGACGUGUCGCAGGUGUUUGUCACCUCCAUCAGUGUGCGCGCAAACGGGCGGAACUUGUCAGGGACGCUACCAGCCAGCUGGGGCUUGCUGCAAAAUCUGCGCAAGGUGCGAUUGGAGAGUAACAGCCUGACAGGCAGCCUCCCGCCUGAGUGGAGCGGCCUGCGCAGUUUGAGGGAGCUCUACCUAAGCAACAACAAUCUCACCGGCACCCUCCCGGCGUCGUGGGGAGAGAGCAUGAAGAGCCUCGCCAUCUUGAGCCUCGAUCGCAACGCGCUGGCCGGUACGCUGCCGCCGGAGUGGGGACGCAUGAAGUCGAUGCAGGCCUUGGUGCUGGAAAGCAACCAGCUCAGUGGCACACUGCCUGCGGAGUGGCGAUUUAUGCGAGCUGCCUCGACGCUGAUGAUAGGCAGGAACUACCUCAGCGGCACCCUCCCACACGAAUGGGCGGAGAUGUCAGUAAUGGAGUGGAUGGACCUGCACUCGAACCGCCUCACCGGCUGGUUGCCUGCGGCUUGGGCGACGAUGACCCUCCUGAAUACCCUGCUGCUUUUCGACAAUGGCUUCACCGGUACUCUGCCUACGGAAUGGGCGCGCCUGGAAUUCCUGGAGGAACUGCGUAUGCAGGACAACGUACUCGUCGGCACACUGCCUGCGUCGUGGAGUGCCAUGGUGCUCAUGCAGGUGCUGGAUAUCUCCGAGAACACACUGAGCGGCACGCUACCGGUGUUGUGGAGCUCGAUGCAGUCUCUCGACACGCUGAGCAUCCGCGACAACCAGCUAAGUGGCUCUCUCCCGAUUGAGUGGAGGACACUGCCGAAAAUCAUGCAUCUCCACCUGGAGGGCAACGCUCUCUGCGGCUGCCUUCCGCUUAACUGGACAAGCCGUUACGUCGCCGUCGAAGUUGACGAGGCGGUCACGAGUGUCAACUGUGCCACAGAGAACGCGUGUAACGACGUAAACCUUGACUCUAUCAGCGACAAGAUCUCCAGCAGCUGCAGUUCUUCGACGAGCCCAAACGGGGGCCGUCGACGGUAG